GUUGUUGUACUUCCGUUUAUUACAGCCCACUGUUUCCUAAAGUAUGUUUACCGUCGUUUGCUCACUUUAAUGAGCUCUCAAUGCAGAAUUUAGUUUUUAAUUAAAUACAGGGCGACUGUGCGACUUUCAGUUCUGUGAGUUUUGGUUGCAGGCAGAAUGUCUCGCUGCGUUGCGUUACAGACGCACCUAGCGUCUGUGGUGGAGGCGUUAGUUCACGCCGCGAUCGCUGAAAUGUGCAAACUUAUGGAAGAGGAGACGCUUUCAUUUCAAGGCAGUGAUAUUUCUAGAGAUCACUGUGAAAACGAGGAGGUUGAGUCAAGAAUGAAGAUGGAAAAGGGGGAGAAAAUGAAGCAGUUUGCGUCAGUCAUGGAGGUACUGGGCAACGAGGCUCUUGGGAAAAUAAUCAAACUGGUCGAUGAAACCAAAUUUCUGUUGGAUCUGGAGUGCAAAACAUUUGCAGGCAAAAGAGCGAAGCGGCCUGGCAGCAUCUUGAAUAUUCUGUCGGUUGGAGGGCUUGAAGAGGAGCAUUCUUAUGAUGGAAAUGCGAGAAGCCUGGAAACAAGAACAAGAAAUGAGUCUGAUGAGGGUGCAGAAGACCGUCCAGAAUCCCCACUGGUGCUGGCUGUGACGAUCAGAGAUGAAUUUGGAAAUGUUGACUUGAAUUCCAUCACUACUGGUCACUUAAUCACAUCUUCAGAGGAUAGAGAAGCAUCUGUUUUGCCAGAAGACAGCAGUGAAGAUCCUCAAGAUUCAGUUACACUAUUUGGAAAGAGAUCCUUUAGUUGUUCAGAGUGCGGCAAGAGUUUCUCAUCACAAAGCAACCUCAAAUCACACCAGCGCAUUCACACUGGAGAAAAGCCUUUCGGCUGUGUUCUUUGCGGCAAGGCUUUCGCCCACAAACAAAGUUUAUCUGACCACCAACGAGUACACUCAGGAGAAAAGCCAUUUCUUUGUAAAGUCUGUGGCAAAUGCUUCGGGAAAGCCGCACACCUCAAAACCCACGAAAUAAUCCACACAGGCGAAAAACCAUUCGGCUGCAACGUCUGCGGAAAAAGAUUUAACAUUGCUCAAAAUCUUGCUAGACACCAACUCACCCACACAGGUGAAAAGGAGUUUCGGUGUUCAAUAUGUCAGAAAAGCUUCACGCGGGCUGUAACGCUAAAGACGCAUCAGCUUAUCCACACAGGUCAAAAACCGUACUCUUGCGUGUCUUGCGGAAAGGCAUUUCGGCACGCCGUCAAUCUUAAAAACCACGAGCGCAUCCACACGGACCAGCGGCCGUUUAGUUGCGACUUAUGUGGCAAGACCUUCCGGCAGGCUGUGAAUCUGAAAAUCCACAAACGGAUCCACACGGGUGAAAAACCUUUCAGCUGCAAGGAGUGUGGGAAGAGCUUUAGUCAACAGAGUAGCCUCAUUUCACACGGCCGCACUCACUCUGGAGAAAAACCCUUUGGCUGCAAUUACUGUGAUAAGUGGUUUAACAAUACAAACAGUCUAAAGCUGCACCAGAGGGUCCAUACUGGUGAGAGGCCGUACAAUUGUGAGUACUGUGGCAAGUGUUUCAGUCAAGGUAGUCACCUACGUACACACAAACGCCACGUUCAUGGAGGAGGGAAGCAGUACAUCUGCGAUAAAUGCGGAAAGAGAUACGCAGAUCCUCGGAAUCUUAAAUUGCACAAAUGCUGCUAUGCAUAAACGUGGUGUUGUAGAUGAUCACAUUCGUCAUUGUAGAGAUGCUUUGAGACCAUUUUUUUUCUAUGAUAGAUAAAUUAUUGAAGAAUAUUUACUGAAUAUGGAUGCAAUUAAUGUUGAACUUAUAAUAGUUCAUCCAAAAAUGAGAAGUUGCUGAAUGUCGUCUAAGAUGUAGAUGAGAUUUGGAGAAAUUGUAACACUCACCAAUGAAUCCUCUGCAGUGAAUGGGUGCCGUCAGAAUCAGAACAACCCGAAAGUAAUCCACACAAAUCCAGUCCAUCAGUUAACAUCUUGUGAAGAAUCAAACUCAUUUACACCUUGAAUGGACUGAGGGUGAGUAAAUUUUUUGAAAUUUUUCAUAUUUGGCUGAACUAUUUCUUUAAUUGAGUUGUAAAAUUUACAUAUUAAUUGGCAAAAAUGUGAAUUGUCAAGUGACCCCAAAAGAUGAUUCUCAGUUGCUGUGACAUGUAUUUUUCUUCACAAAAUAUCAUAGUUUAUACCAUGGGUUAUUUUUUUAUUAGAUUUUAGGAAUGUUCUGUUUUGUCAAAGUUACUAAUAAUCACAGAUGGUGAUUUAUUUUGAAUGAUGACAUUAUGUUUUGUACGUUUCUUUAUGUGGCUCCUAAUUGAAAAAGCUCAUUGUACAUCUUCAUAUUUAUGUUUAAUACGUUUAACAUAACACAAGAUAAUUAUAAAAAAAAAAUAUUACCAGAGAGAGUUGGUUUGAUAUGUUUCUGUCAAAACAUUUAUAUUUGACUCAAUAAAAUGAUGGCAAAUACAUUUUUCA